AUGCCUCUCAUGCUUGACAACCCCAUGGAGACGACCACUCACGACGGAGACCAAGUCAUGAACCAUGACGCCAUAUCCGCCGGGGAUAUUCCCAUGAACGGCCCAAUGCAGGUUGAUGGUCUCGAUGUCGAUGACCUUUUUGGCGAUGGUGUCAACCUCACCCUACCCAAUGUACGAGGGCCUAGUCGGCAGCUCGCUCAGCGUGUGGAUGAGAUGAGAACUCGAGGGUGUGCUCAAGGCAUCGCCUGGUCCAAAUCGGGAACCAUCGCCUACAUCUCACCUGAUGGCAGAUCCGUUCAAGUCAGGUAUCUGCGGGCCGAUCCCAAGACUGGCGGAUGGGGCCUCAGCGAGCCUACUACAGUCGACGCCAUCACCGCCAGCCCGUCUACACCAAUAGUUCACCUCGCAUGGGCCGCUACCAGUAGCAACGAGCUCGCCGUCAUCGAUGCCGCCGGUCGCGUUGCCAUAUUAGCCUUCUCCGUCUCCCUCAACCGCCCCUUUCUCACUCGCAAGUGGGAUGCCGAUCAUGUCGACGACCUCCAUGCCAUCGCCGGCUGCUUCUGGCUGCCCCUCGCGUCUCAGCACAAAAAUUACCACGUCUUCCAUGGGCCUGCUGUCAAGGAUGCCACUGCUUAUCGCUACGAGAGUUCCUUUAUUCAUGCCUUUGGCCCCUGGCAUCCUAAUCCUGCCAAAAGCGCCCUCCUGUGCGUCACGACGAGUGGCAUGCUUCGCUUGUUCUGGAGCCAGAGUAAUAACAAGCUUGAAGAAACCACAUUGGAGCUUGACAGCUUCAGCUCUUCAGACGACCUCAUCACACAUGCAUCCCUACACAGCGACAAGAAUCACAUGUAUGUCGCCUUGGCGACUGCCUCCCGCCAGCUUCGACUGGUCCGGCCCCUGAAUCCUACCAUGACGGCAAAACACCUGGCAAUAUCCAGCUGGAUGCCCAAUGGGCAGAGCGGAAACCCCAUAGAUGCCUCCAUGACGCAGAUCUCCCAUAUCGAGUUGUUACCUUCGCAGCUAGACAACACUGGCCACAACUGGGUCCCCAUGAACGUUCUCGUUGUUCGAUCUUACCUCCCCACAGCUGACAGCCCCUUCCAAGAGAUGCAGAGCGUCAUAGAUCGGUGGGAAGUCGGCCAUGAACCAUCUCCCGCCCUGCACCCUGCGUUUGAGCAGAUGGGCAGCCGCAGAAACAGCAGCGCCGGCGGGAACGACAAGGAUCCCAACAGACUCAAAAGACUGGACCCAGUGUUCAUCAACAAAGUCAUUGUCGGCAUGCAGACCAUCCACUUCGGAAAGGCUGUCUGCGUAGCCUUUAGUGAUGGCUCCGUUGAGUACCGCGACAGGUUCACAAUGCAGGAGACGUACAACGAGUUGAGCCUCGACAGAGUCAUGACCCUCAACCAGGUCGGCUUUACCUUUGCUGAGGGCACACCAUGCCUUCAAGUCGCAUUCUCGCCUACCAACUGCUCGGUCGCACAAAUUCAAGAGGAUGGGCAAGUGAAGUGGAAUGGACUACAUUAUCCGCUGGGUGACAUUGGAAACUCCAACCAAGACGUACGCUGCAGUCAUCGCGGCUCUCACAGUAGCCGCAUCAGCUGCAACGUUCUACCAGCCUUCACACGAGACUGGGUUAACGAGCUUGUCCGGAUGCUCAAAGUACCCGUCGACUACUCGGAGGAAGCUCAUCACGAAGCCCUCGUGCGUAAUAGUUCACUGCAGCUUUGCUUCAGUAUCCUUAACCACCUAGGCUUCAACGGAGAGUUCAACCCGCGGUCUUCCAGCGGCAAGUUCGCCUUCCUGUCGCUCAAUAUCAGAAAUGUCGUCAUCCUGAUCACUAUCGCGAGCAACACUCCUACCAACAUGCGGGAGAAGCUGAAUCCCCUGGACGAACACGAGGUCAUCGAUGCCCUGUGCGGGUGUGCGCAGUGGUCUGUCGACUUGCUCGCGUAUCUUGCCGAUUCUCUAUUCGCACUUCUCGACGACCCCAAAUUCACCGAACUUCUGCAACCACGAAACUAUUCAGAGAUCUCCAACUACCUCCGCUCCCGAGCUGAUCCUUCUCUUCAGCUGCUCCUCUGCUCCGCCACGCGCGGAUUUCUCUCCGCCGUCUGUCGUCGGCUGACGCAUCUCGACCAAAUCUCGCACCGGGCCAUUGAGUUUUACGACCGUCGCGCUGCCAUGCAGAACGCCACCGACCCCUCGGGCCAGUCCAAGGUCGCCACCAUAGCCCUCAACAAGUCCUACCAGAGGAUGCAGCACAUUAUUUCCAACAGCCACAUCAAGGUGCAGGACUUUGACCACCUCCUGACCACGCUCACGAGCGACAUCCGCUCGACGUACCAGACAGCCUUUGCCGGCCUCGCCGCCCAGGCGCAGCAGAAGAAUGAAAGCAACGGCACCGCCAACACCCAGCAGGGCCAGAAGCAGAUUGAUGCCCAGAUCCGCGGCGCCCAAAUCAUCUCCGAACUCAACCUCCUGCUCGCCGCCCAGCCGCCGGCGCCGUUCCUGACCGUGCUCAAGAAGCUCUUCGGCCAAGACCUGCGCGCCUUCCGCGCCCAGACCGACCCGUCGAAGCUCUUCUUUGCCGACCUCGGGCUGCUCGAGGUGGACGACGUGCCGCGUGUGCUCGGCGCGCGCAGGGCGGCGGCCCGCUACGUCGACGUCUUCCGCCGCGUCGAGAUGACCAACAAGGCCGGCCCCAAAGAGGAGACGCCCGAGGAGCAGCUGCAGCAGCGCGGCGGCCGCGGCGGCCCGCUGCAGUGGAGGCGGUGCGUGCGGUGCGCGGCCGUCAUGGAAGACGUCUUUGGCUCGCGGCCGGGGUUCACGUUUGUGCUGACGCAGCAGAGGAAGUGUUCUUGUGGUGGGUAUUGGGCGCUGCUCCCCAAGGCGUCCAUUGCGUGA